AUGAGCUGCCUGUACGGCGAGGUAAUAGGGGCUGGCAGCCACAACAAUGGAGAGCGUGUCGCGCUCUUCGAUCUGGAUGGAACCCUCAUCACCACCAAGUCUGGGCGUAGGUUCCCGGAAGAUUGUGAUGAUUGGAAGUGGUUCUCUCCCGUCGUCCCAAUAAAACUUCGAGAACUUUAUUUGGCAGGGGCUUCCAUAUUCAUUAUUUCAAAUCAGAUGUGCCCCAAAAAGAUAGUCCAAAAGGAUGAAUAUCAUGCAGAAUGGAAAAAGAAACUAAAUCUUGUCGCUUGUGCGCUUCACGACGUACCAUUCAGAGUUCUUGCUGCAACUGGUCAAGACUUUUAUCGGAAACCUCUACCCGGGAUGUGGCAUGCAGUCCAAGAGACCCUAAAAGGCUAUGGCACAAACAUAUCCGAACAAAUGGUCUUCUUCGUUGGAAAUGCUGCCGGCAGAAGGAACGAUCAUAGUGGUUCUGACAGAAAAUUUGCUUUGAAUGAAUAUUUCUUAGGAGAUAAUGCCACACAUUUUGAACUGAAAGGCUUCCAUCCUUCAAGCGUCUUUGUGGAUCGUAAGCAAGCCAGUUCAUGUGAGACUAAUAUCAAGCCAAGAAAUAGGGCCACUCUUCUUACCAUCGUCGACGCCCUUGCGGGCUUCGUUCAUGUCAAUCAAGACACUCUAAGGACGAAAUCGAAAUGCCUGGAACUGGUCGAAAAUGCCAUCAAGAAUGGUAAAAGUGUUGUUGUUGGUAGGUGGCAUCACACUUGA